ACCUAGCGAUGGAGAUGUUUUUUUAUUUGUUAGCCACAAGUUGCUUUCCUUUGCAAAAAUAAAUCCCUUCUCGUUGGUGGAGAAAAAAAUUGUUCAAUAAAGUUUUAAAAAUGUUUUCAGGAAGAUGGUUGUGUUCAAAUGUGUCUUAUAUAUUGGACUCUGAUGUGGGUAUCAGUUUGGUCAGAUAAAGUGAUAAAAUGUUCCCAUGGCUCUCGUGGUUGUAAUCUAAUCGGCAACAGCAGACUUUUCUGUCCACUAUCUGUGGCUGAUUUCUGUUGUUUCUGGCGAUAUCGUCGCUCUCGAAGGUGACAAGACUCAAUCGCAGACACAGUGAAUAUUCCUCAUGCGAUCCCACAGCACCAGAAACUUCCAAGCUCUGCCUUCCAUUGUUCCGGAAGACAAGAGAAAAGCUACCUGAGGAAUUUCUCUCGUAGUGCAAAAAAAAAAGAAUUAAAAGUCACGCGAAAGGUAUAAAAGUGGUGUGAUUUGUGUGAAAAGGUCUUCCCUCUUAUCGGACAUCUGUGCACGUGUUUGUAGAUUGAAGUGAAGGAAGACCAGUGAAGAAAAGAUUCCAGGAAAAUUUCCUGGCUUUCAGUAUCAAGAUGCCAAAGACAGAGUGCGGAGUGGCUUUUUGGCGGCCACAAUGGCUGCAGAGAUUUGCCAAUACAAGAUCAUUUAUCAUAGUUUAUGGAUUUCUGGGCACUGUCCAGGCCAUGUCUUACAUGUACUUUGUCAUUACCCUGACCACCAUCGAGAGGAGAUUUAAGAUUCCUUCUCGUACAACAGGCAUCAUCAUGAGCGGCAAUGAGAUCUCUCAGAUCCUCCUGUCGCUCUUCCUCUCGUACGCUGGUGGUCAAAGAAACAGACCACUGUGGAUUGCAUGGGGAGUGGCAAUCUGUGGGAUAUCCUGCUUCAUCCUGGCACUGCCACAUUUCAUCUAUGGAGCCGGCGAAGAUGCUUUGCGCCUCACAAAGGAGUACCAGGAUCAAUUUGCUCGCGAUACAAGCUUUACCAUAAAGAAUUCCUCAAACAUCUUCAGCAGCAGUUCCCAGCGUCUCUGUUUAACCCUUGAUUCCGAGAAAUCCCACGAAUGUGAUGAACUCUUCACAGUGGUACCUUUAGUUCUAAUCUUCCUGUCCCAGUUUGUUUUGGGAAUUGGGAAUACUCUCUACUACUCCCUGGGACAGGCUUAUUUGGACGACAACACCAAGAAGACAAACACCCCUCAACUACUUGGCUAUGCCUUCUCCUUGAGAAUGUUUGGACCUCUGAUUGGCUUUUUUGUCGCCUAUGCCUUUCUCAAUAUGUACAUUGAUCCCACAAAGACGCCCCUGAUCACGUCAUCAGAUCCACGAUGGAUGGGAGCCUGGUGGAUGGGAUGGAUUGUCGUAGGAUCAAUCAUGAUGAUCUUUGCUGUUCUCAUUGGCAUGUUCCCCAAAGAUCUGCCCAAGAAACCCAAAAAACGAGCUGUUACAAAUGGAGAUGCCAAUCCAAUUACUGAAGAAGCCCUACCGCUCAAGGGAGUGUCUAAAGUAAACCCAGAAUCCCCUCCAGAGAAUCCUCAGCCACCCCAAAUAGCCCAAAAAGCAGAAAUGAAGGACUUCCCUGCAGCUCUAGCUCGACUCUUUCGCAACAAAGUCAUCAUGUUCAACAUCAUCUCGGGAAUCUUUUAUAUCUUAGGCGCCAGUGGCUACAUGACCUUCUUUGCUAAAUACAUAGAAGUACAAUUCCACAAAACUCGAUCAGAUUCCACUAUUAUUGCUGGACCAAUCAAUCUUUUCGGAAUGGUAGCGGGAUUCUUAAUAUCCGGCUGGGUGAUCACAAAACAGAAGCCAUCAGCUUCGAAAUUACUUUUCUGGAAUGUUUUUCUCGGCUUCAUUUACAUAGCAGGGACAGCUGGUUAUCUCUUCCUAACUUGCCCAGAUGAGAAUAUGCCAACGCCUGUCGAUGGACGCCUCAAUCUCACAAAAGCCUGCAAUGGACACUGUUCCUGCGAUGACGUUCCAUACAAUCCCAUUUGCAACGAAGCCACAGGAAUCACCUAUUUCUCAGCUUGUCAUGCCGGAUGUGUUGAAUGGGAUGCAGAUGGGAAGUUCUACUCAAAUUGUUCGUGUCUGGCUAAAAAUGCACCAAAGCACGUGGAUAUCUCAAUGACCAAUAAAACCUAUUUCAAGUGGACACCUCCAGCGCAUCAGCCAGUAAUACCAGCCUUUCCUGAUGAUUACGACGAGAUCACAGUGGAAUUUACGGAAAAUUCAGAAGAAAAUUCAACAGACACUACAACAAAUUUCCCUUCUACGACAGAAGAAACAACCACUGAAGAUCAGGAGAUACUAUCAAGAAGACGACGAAGCACAUUAGAGGCCACUGUGGAAACAUUAAAAGCUAUUCCUGGAGCCUGUAUGGCAGGAUGCUCUCAAGGAUUCUUUCUGUUUGCCUUGGUGUCGAGUAUUACAAAUUUUAUGGGUGCUACUGGAAAAAUUGGAAAUGUCCUAGUCAAUUAUAGAGCCGUUUCUGUGGAAGAUAAGAGCUUUACACAGGGACUUGUCCUAAUGAUGUUCAGUCUUUUUGGACUGAUUCCCGGACCCAUUCUCUAUGGCUGGAUUAUCGAUCAGACAUGCAUGGUGUGGAACUAUCGAUGCGAAAAGAUUGGCAAUUGUCAGAUCUACAAUCAACGCGAUUUUCGCUACGAUGUGCAUCUUUUGUUUGCAGUUCUCACGAGUCUUGGAAUGAUUUUUGACACUCUCGUGUGGUACUAUGGGAAAAAUCUCGAUUUCUACAGUGAAGACUACGCUGAAACUAAUCAGAAGCAGCUCAAGAGUAAAACAAGACGAAAACCCUGAUAGAAAAAUUUUGCAUUUCAAUGUUUUGUUGAAUUUUUGUUCAAUCUUCGUAUUUUUUGUGGUAAUUAAAAUAUGGAUAAUAAAAAAAGGUUGAUAAAGAAUGAA